AUGGCAGCGGCACCCGACCCGCCCUCCGCCAAGGUGCUGCCACGAGCAACUCCAGCAGAGCCAGCCGCUCUUGGCGGAGCAUUGCUGCAGCCGCGGUGCCGUAGGUUGGUUUCGUCCCCUUCGGCCGCAAGCACCCCAGGGAGGGAUCCAGCCGCCACCAGCCAACAGGUGGCGACGGCAGCUCCCACCACGCCAUCGGCGGAAGGGCAGGGACCAAGGGAUUUGGAAGAGGUGAAGCUGGCCGCAUCUGACCCGCGGACGGUUCUGGCAGCAGCACCCGCUCCAUCCGAGAAGGGGAGAUCCACGUUUCCAGGCGCAUCCAGCUCACAGGCGGCGGCAACGGCAUCAGCGCCUUGCGCACCCACGAAAGGACGGUCGCCCACAGUUCCAGCAGAUGUUGAGCUGCCCACGUUUCGCCCGCCAGCGGCGGCAGCGGAAGGUUCGGCGCGUGCCCAAACGUUCGCCAUGGGGCGGCCACCGCUCGGUCCAGCAGAGGUGGAGCCGCCCCCGUCUGGCCCGUCAGCGACGGCAGGGCAGGAUUCGUCACCCUCCCCAGCCUCAGCCCACGCUCCAGCAGGGGUGGAGCUGCCCGCGUCUGGCUCGCCAACGGCAGCAGCGGAGGCUUCGGUGACCGUCCCAGCCUCCGCCAAAGGGAGGCCACCGCCCGCGCCAGCGGAGCCAGCCGCCUUCACCCGCUCGGCUGUAGGCAAUCCCCGGGUGCCAGCGAGCCCUGUGCCGACUCGACGGAGCCGAAGGCUGACCUCCCCUUCCGCUGGAUGGUCUGGCACUUCUGGCACACGUGCUACGGCGCCCGCCGCGCCGCCAACACCGAAGCGGCCCCUGAGCCCAGCGCCAGUGCGGCAAAGCCAAAGGUUGCCUUCCCCUUCCGCUGGAUGGUCUGGCGCGCCUGGUUCGCGUGUUGCGGCGUCCGCCGCGCAGCCAGCCAAGAAGCGGCCCAAGGCCGCCAAGGCGGCGCCGCCCAGGGGUCCUCUGCAAGCCGCUCCAGGCGCGCCAGCAGCCCCACCGCCGCCUGUGCAGCAGCGCCGCGGCCUAGCCUCCUCCCCAAGGAGCUCCCCAGGAAGAGGGCCGGCCGCACCUUGCCCGCGCUCGGAGGCGGAGGCAGCCACGCCGUCCACCGAGGCUCCGCCGCCGCCCGCGGCAUCAGCGGCGGUGCCGCCAGCAGGCCCUCCUGAGGCCGUCGCCAGGCCUGCGCCGCUGGGCUCCAGGCUCAAGCGGCUGCCGCCGGCCAGGGAAGCCAAGCCGCCAGCGUCCCCGCAGGCCUCGCCAGGCUCACCCCUGGGGGCGGGCUGGCGCCCCCUUGCCGGCGAGGCCAGCCCACCGCAGGCGCCGCGGCGCUCCGCGCGCUUCGUUCAGCAGCAGCAGCAGCAGCAGCAGCAGCAGCAGUGGCAGCGGGAGCAACCCGGCCGCCUCGGGCGGGGCAACGCUGAGAGCGGGCGCGGGCGCGGACGCGGGCGCGGGCCAGGCGGGCUGCCGCUGGGCGCGGCGGUGCAGCGACGGCUGGAGGAGCUGCGCGAUUGCUUGGAGCGGCGGCGGCUGCGCGGCGCCAGCUCGCCCGAGGCGGCUGGGCCAGACAGCGCCUCCGAGGCGUUGCACGAGCUGGAGACCCUGGACGGCAACUUGACGCUGGCGGCCAGUGCGCUGCGCAAGUCUGGCCUCGCCGCGGAGCUGGGCCACCCGUGGUGGCGGAGCGGGGCGCCUGGGGGCGUCUGCGCCAGGGCGUCCGCGCUGGCGCCCAGGUUUGCCGAGCGGGCCGGCAUCAGACUGCGAUGA